AGUUCCUGGCCGACUCCCAGCCGGCCGGCAGCGUCAAGAACCCCCUCCUCCCGGCCCCGGGCACGCCCGAGGCGGCCCUGGCCCGCGCCCGCAUGGCGCUCUUCGCCGACGCCUGGAUGGCCAAGCUCUUCCCGCUCUUCAUCCGGGCCCUCGUGUCCUCCAAGACGCUCGAGGAGGCCACCGCGGCCGGGGCCGAGCUCAACGCCGGCAUCGCGGCCCACAUGGAGCCGCUGCUCGCCGGGGCCGCACCCUUCUUUGGCGGGAGCCAGACGCUCACCAUGGCCGAGGUCCUGAUCGCGCCCUUCGCCAUCCGCCUCCUCACCCUGGCCCCCGCCGGCGUCAUCCCGGCCUCCACAAUCGAGGGGCUCGAGGCCAAGGCGCCCAGCUUCUACAGGUGGGCGACCGCCGUCAGCGAGCACCCGAGCGUGCGCACCGUCUGGGUGAAGUGGAACGGCGUCGAGGCCACCCGGGAGCGUGUGGUGCCCAUGAGGAGCUGGUAGGAGGGGACUGGUCUUUGCCCUACGUCGUAUUCGGCCGAUCAUGGGCUUCGUUGCUCGACGCUGUGUCCUCGUGCUCGAUCGAAGGGAGGCCUCGUACGGCUGCUCCGUGUUGUAUACCAUAUCUGCUGGUCUCGGGUGAGGUCUGUGCUUUCACAUCGCUCACCUAGUCUGUCACAUUCGGAAGGCAUCUUUAGGUAUAUAUGCGAUUCUCCACGAAGCUAUUUAGGGUGCUAGAGGUAAUCCUGUUCUGAAGCAAAGUUGAAUUCAGAAACCGAAACAGCCAGACGAUCAUAAGAACAUACUUGAGAACUUGGUUAUACUAAACGCUACACGUAAAAAGCCCAGUCCUAUGACAAGAAGAG